UACAAAACAGAACAAGGCCGUGGAGUGAUAAAUAAGUCUUGCGAUACUUUAAGGUUUUCUGCGGAUUCCUGAAUUUUAUACGUGUCAGAUUUAUUUCUUGGAAUGACAAUUGGUUCAAGGAUGUCUUACGACGCCUCUUACGUGAAGGCUAGGAAGAAGGCUGUGAAACAGCUUAAAAACAGCAAUGCACAACAGUUGGAAAUAGAAACACUGAAAAUGGAAGAGAGGAUACGUGCUUUGAAAGAACAAAUGUUUAAAGAAAAAGAGGAAAGAGAAAAGCAAGGUGGUAUACGAUGGGCAUCUGGCAAAUCAGGACCUCUUAAUAGUCAUGCACAAGAUGUGCUAAAGAAAAAGAACUUGAAAACUGAUAAAACUCCAAAGAAAAUAAAGAUUCUUGGGGAUGAACCUUUGCACUCUUACAAGAAGAAAGUAACUCCAAGAGUUCAGCAACAAGACAACUUUGGCACAUCAGGAUGUGGUCAGUGUGAGAGGACAAAGGCAACUUUGGUCUGCAUUGAGUGCGAGGAAAAGUACUGUGUUAGUUGCUUUAUGUCAUUCCAUCAGAAAGGUGCUCUUACCAAACACACCACACAGUCCCUUGAACAGUAUGAAGCAGAGCUACAGAUCGAAAGAGACAGUGAUUAUACGAAGCAUGAAAUAAUAUCUUCAAUGAGUACUUCAAGGUUUUCCAGCAGUGAUCAGGCUAGAUCUUCUCAGAUGAAUAAUUCAAGAGGAAAGGGCGGGGGAGCAUUAUUACAAGGCUCAUACAACGAAGAAGAAAGCGCACAAUCGUUUGCACAGGCUCUCAUGGAAUGGAGAAAUUCUGGAAAAGAGGAAAAAAUGCAGAAGAAUCCGACAAAUGCAAAAAGUAGCUCUUGUGAGACAGGUACUACCCCACAACCAACCAGACACCAAGAAGUGAAGGUCAAUUUUGGACCGAACAAGUCAUUAAGUUAUCUUGACCGCAUGCUGCUCAAGAAACUCCAAGGCGAUCAAACGUUUGGCGGUCCACAAGCACCUUCUAAAGGAAAGAAAUACAACAGUUCAGAACUGUCAUUAAAUACGAACAGUGAUACUAGUGAAAGUCCAAAGAAUGAAAACCAGCUGGGAACGAAUUACAGAGAAAUUUUCCAAAGCCUUGGGGCUCCGGACAGGAAAGCUAGCCAAGAAAAUUUUCAAAUGCCACCCAAAAGUGUGAUUUCUAUUGAAGAAGUGAACGACGCUGAUUUGAGCGGAGAGGAGACAACUGCCUGUAUAGUCGAGGAAGAGGACUUUAACCCUCAUCCCCAGCGUAGGCCUUUAUCACGCACCGGUAGGGUCAGCGUUAUGUGUAUGACCCCCACGGGGAGGUUCGAAGCUAAUACAGACGCGCUGGUGGUAGAGGAUAUAGCAUCGGUACCCGCUCAAAGUCUCUCUUUGGGGCAGGCCACGCCCCGUUCAAAGCAGACAUCACGUAGUACAAGUUCUCGUCAGGGACUCCAUAUGAGAACAAAAUCACAACUUGAUGGGUCGGUAGGGAGAGUGUGGAGUCCUCAGCCCCAUCAUGUUGGUUUGUCGGAGUUUUUCCUCGCUGGUGUCCGGGGUGAAUCGGUUUCAGGGAGAACGUCUCGCGAAAGGAAGACCAUUUUUGACCCAGUAUUAGUGAAACCCGAAAGAUUAAGCAAAGCUCUGUUAUCACAACAUGUAUGGAAACCACAAGAAAGCGUGUUUUCUAGUAACGAUAUUGACAGGUCAAAUAAGCAACAGCAACAACCACAACUGGGUAAAGAUGGUGAUAAGGAAGCCCGCACAGACAGCCCUCGCCCUGUUAUACCUCUUUUACGAGCACCAGAGUUGCUGGAGACAAGAAACGAUAGACCAGAUUCACAGUCAUCUACGAUAGUCCCACCCACGGCAAGUGACUCCGGAUUCACGAAUGAUACCAUGAUUCACGACUUUGGAAUCGUAGAUUUCCUCAGGGCUCCACCAUACCUGCCCAAAGGCUUUGAAGAUUAUAGUCAAGUACAUCGUGUUUCCACAGUUUCUCCACUGACUCUCAGCCCAAACCCUCCUAGUUUUCAUUGGUCGGAUGAUAGCGAUGACGACUUUCUCGCACAAGUCUGCUUCCAAGGAAAUCAAGAUGACCAGAGAGCGGACCAAGACGAGGAUGACCGCGCCACCUUGACUAACCUGGCCUGGGAAUUAGCCUCGACUACAGGCCGGUUGACGCAGUGUGAAUUAGACGACAAGGAAGGGGAGGGUGAGGAGGAAUUUGACGAGGACAGUAUUGAGAGUAAUGACUUUGGGUCUGGGUUGAGUUCAAGCGAAGAAGACAAUACCUCAGCUGAUACUUACAGUGCAAAUAUUGACAGUGUAAAACACAACGACGAUAAUACUCUAGCGGAAGAAGAAGUACAUGCCUUGGAGUAAAUUUCAAAGGUUUUCGUUUUCACGGUUUUUCGUUUUUCUCCUAGUAGAUAGAUACCACAACUCAUGUUUUGACACACUCCAUCAUGCUUAUCGAUCAGCUUUUGACGAAAAAGGAAACAUAAGAGGAAAAAAAAUGAUAAAAAGUAGAAAAUUAGGGCGCUUUUCGAUUGAGUGUCGGCCUUAGAAGGUUAGACUGAACCCGUAGUCACGUGAAACAAAAUUUACCAAUCACAUCGUUGGAAACGAACACUAAUAGAACUAAGGACCAUUGCCAGCAAAGGUCACAAUGAGUGUAGGAAAAAUUUGUUGCUCUUUUCCUAUUGGUAUUGGCCAGUUUUGCGUAAUUGACCCCGAUAACGGAAGUUGCACUGUAAAAUAGCCAAUAAGACAUGCAACAACAAAUUUCAUCUGAUUGUUGGUUAGGCUUAACUAGCGGAAUCACACACCAUCUGAAACAAAACCACAGUUAAUAAGUAUUGUUUUCGACACUCAUUUUUAUCUAGCUCUGUUAAGCUCUUUACAGAGUUUUCUAUCAUUUGUUGAAGUGGCGGAGCAAAAAUCUUAACGUGUGGGCAACUGUGGGCAGGGUUCAACUCUUUCAUUCCCAAGAUCACUUAAGUCAUUCUCCUUACUGUCUACCAUACGAUUGUUGAUGUAAGUGCGGAGAAUUUGAUAUUAGAUCAGUAAUUAAUCCCCUAAUUUAUACUUUUAUUAAUUUUCA